AUGGAUUCGGCCUUUAGGUGUGCUACCUUCGCCUGCUUAUUGUUAUUUGCCUCUACGGCACAUCUCGUGGAAGCUGAUAAGCUUAGCGAACUGAGAGCUUUGGUAUUCAAUAAGAAAACUUCCUUGUCACGAGUAAAGAGGAGUUGCUGUUCAUCGGCUUUGAUGUCAUGCUGUCCUCCGACAGCACUUUCUUGUUUUGGAGCUUGUAACGCACAAUGUGUUCCAAUGUGUAGAACACCGACGUGCAUUACAGGAUGCACUAAUAGCUGCUGUCAAACGUGUGCUAUUCCAGUUGUUGUAGUUCCUGUGGCAGGCACACAACCUACAAUUCCUCCCUCACAACCACCUCCACCAACAACCCUCCCACCUCCUCCACCACCUCCACCAACAACCCUCCCACCUCCUCCACCACCUCCACCAACAACCCUCCCACCUCCUCCACCACCUCCACCAACAACCCUCCCACCUCCUCCACCACCUCCACCAACAACCCUCCCACCUCCUCCACCACCUCCACCAACCACUCUUCCACCACCACCACCUCCUCCACCAAUUACUCUUCCUCCUCCACCUCCUCCUCCACCAGUCGCCACAUCUGCCCCAGCCACAUGCGACAUCUGUCAACAGACUUGCAGGACCUGCCCGACACAGAUCUGUAUCAGCCUCUGCAUGCCAAAGUGUGUAUCUGUGUGUUCAACUGGUGGGUUACCAGCUACUACUGGUGCUCCGCUACCACCGCCGCCUCCUCCAAUUACUCUUCCACCACCACCUCCUCCACCAGCUACUCUUCCACCACCACCUCCUCCACCAGCUACUCUUCCACCACCACCACCUCCUCCACCAGCUACUCUUCCACCACCACCUCCUCCUCCACCAACUACUCUUCCACCUCCACCGCCUCCUCCACCAACCACUCUUCCACCACCACCACCUCCUCCACCAACUACUCUUCCUCCUCCACCUCCUCCUCCGCCGGUCACUACUGCUCCACCUGCGACUUCAUGUCAAGUCUGCUUGGUACCCUGCCAGCUACAAUGCCAGGUUGUGCGCCCCGUUAGCGUUUGUAUGCCAAUGUGCCAGCAAAUGUGUUGUAUGUAA